AUGCCCGCUGUAACAAUUCGCAAAAACCCUGUGGUUAAAUACCAUACCGCUAAGUUAAACGGCGUUACGUACAACUACCUUGUCGCAGAGCCGGCUUUGGGUCACGAUGUUUUGGCACGAUCUUCCUCCUCCACGGGCCUUCGGGUCGUGGCUCCUGAUAUGAUGGGCUAUGGCGGCACUGAUGCCCCGGAAGAGAUUGAGUUCUAUACCUAUAAGCGUGCUGCCGACGAUGUUGCUGCCCUUGCAAAGCACCUCGGCCUCUCCCGCAUUGUUCUUGGCGGACACGACUGGGGAGGUGCUGUUGCUUACCGUGCCGCUCUCUGGCACCCUGAGUUGAUCUCAGCCUUCUUCGUUCUCAGUACAACCUUCACCCCGCCGAGCCUUACUUAUGUCGACGAAGCCGCUACGCUGCCCUCGCUGCGCUACCAGCUGCAAUUCCGUACCGACGUGGUCCAGGAAUACAUUGGUCUACCACAGAACGCCACGCGCGUGCGCCAGAUCCUCAACACCGCUUAUGGUGUCACUUUGCCUAGCGGGGUAUCGGCCUUUAAUAUAACUGGUGAUGGGCUUGAGUUCGAUCUGCUCGACCAGGUCACCGAGGACUCGCCGUUCCUGACCCCUGAGGAGAUGGCCUUCUACGUUGAGAACUACUCCGCCGACCCGUUCAACAGGACGCUCAACUGGUAUCGUAUUAGUGAGCCUAACUGGAAGGAUGAGUUGGUGCUGUUCCCGACUACUAAUACUACGUGGACGGCCAAGUUCCCGCAGCCGGCCCUGUUCGUCGGUGGCUUGCAGGAUCCGGCCUUACCUCCCGCGCUGUCGGAGGGAAUGGAGACGUACUUCGACAGCCUCACCCGCCACUCGGUAACCGGAGGCCACUUUGUGAUGUGGGAAUCGAUCGACGCCGUGAACUCCCACAUUGGCAACUGGCUCGGCACUUCGGUUCUUGGCAACCUGUCCGUGGGACUGAACUUGACGGCUGGCAGCGGUCUCCUCAACUAA